UGGAGCGCUCGGACACGCCCCUUUCCUGUGGGCGCGCCGCCCUGGCGCGCAGUAUUUGCGUAUUUCCGGAGCCCAAUGUGCGACCGCGUCCUGCCUUAGGUGGCUUCUCCUCUUGUGGUCCUCAGAAUUCUCAGUUCGGGUGUUUGGAAGUGCCUCCUUUUUGACCCUACGCCAUGGGAGUGACUUGGUCUCAACCAAGUGUGUGCCUGUAAUUCCAGUACAUAGUGUGUCCCAGAUGCCUGUGGCUGAGGGCAAGAGCGUCCAGCAGACGGUGGAGCUCCUCACCAGGAAAUUGGAGAUGCUUGGGGCAGAGAAACAAGGGACAUUUUGUGUGGACUGUGAGACUUACCACACAGCUGCCUCUACCCUGGGCAGCCAAGGCCAGGCCGGGAAGCUGAUGUACGUGAUGCAUAACUCUGAGUACCCCCUGAGCUGCUUUGCCCUCUUUGAGAAUGGCCCUUGCCUUAGUGCUGACACCAACUUCGAUGUGCUCAUGGUGAAGCUCAAGGGCUUUUUCCAGAGUGCUAAGGCCAGCAAGAUUGAGACCCGGGGUACUCGCUACCAAUAUUGUGACUUCCUGGUGAAGGUGGGCACCGUCACAAUGGGGCCCAGUGCCCGUGGCAUCUCUGUGGAGGUGGAGUAUGGCCCUUGUGUGGUGGCUAGUGAUUGCUGGAGCCUCCUGCUUGAGUUCCUACAGAGUUUUCUAGGUAGCCACACACCAGGGGCCCCCACAGUAUUUGGGAACAGACACGAUGCUGUGUAUGGACCAGCAGAUACCAUGGUACAGUACAUGGAACUCUUCAACAAGAUCCGAAAACAGCAGCAAGUGCCAGUGGCUGGGAUCCGUUAGUGACUGACAGCUGUCUACCUGCUGAGCUGUCACCUGGGUACUGCCCAGGAGGAGCAGGGUCCUAAGCCUCUGGCCUCAGCUGGUUUCCAGCUGUAGCUUGAGUUCUGGGUCUCUGAACUCCCCUCCUGACCCCAUCACAGCUGGUUUUUACUUCAUCCCUUAACUGGAUUUGGCUUGUCCUCAACAAUGGUAAUUGUGAAGGAUGGAAAAACUUGGGCCUUUCUGCUGUGGGGUAAAGGUAGGACAGGGUUGUUCUUGCCAGCCCUGAAGGUGAAACUAGUAUUUGUCCCCAGAUCCUGAGGGUUUGGUAUCGGCCACACUGCUGUUUGUGGCUGUGCUGGAUGGAAUCCCCGCUCUCCCCUUUUGCUUGAUGACAUGGCUGGCCUCUCCUGGAGAUGGAUGGGUGGCAUGACUGGAUUGCUCUUGCUUUCUGACCUGUUGGCUGCAGUGAUUUGAGAACAGAACUGAGUCUGCUCAAGUUGAUUUCAUCCUUUGAACUAUUUACAGUUUCCCUUUCUGUUUUGAAUAGUGUGACCCUAUAGGCUAAGUUGGUGUAGCAAAACCAAAGCACGGGGCUCUUACUGCACAUUUUUUUCUUACCUAAUAGCUCAGAGGCAGUCAGUUCCACAGGGCAGAAGUAACUCUAGGAUUAGCACAAUUAGGCUUCUUAUGACUUAUUGUUUGGUCACUGCAAUACUGGUUUGCUUACCACAGGAUCUAAGUACACUCAUUAGCUCCAUAUUCAUUUCUAGAAGAGAGAGAGAGAGAGAGAGAGAGAGAGAGAGAGAGAGGAGAGAGAGGAGAGAAGGGUGGUUUUCUUCCAGCAUUGCUCAGAUCUCUACAGACAUGCUUUCCUGACACUCAGCACUGCUUUGUUUAGGGUCAUCUGUUGUGCUUCACAAGUUGUCUUCUUGUCACACUCGAAUGUGCCUUGAAAUUAUUGAAAUUAUUGACACUGUUGCUCACCUCCCUCUUACCUGCUACAGAAACAGUUAACCAGGCUAGUAGCUGAGAUACAGUAGAUAGGCUUGGCAAAAUUGCUAAUAUACAAAGUGUAGAGUGUCCUUGAGGAGUCUGUGCUCAGAGGACAGCUAAGCAGACUUUCCAGAACAUGUUUCGGCAGCAGCUGUGAGGCACUGUUCAUGUGUGCCCUAGCAUUGACUGGCAGGGAAGCUCAGCAUCCCUUCCUGGCUGUAGGAUCUGUUAUCCACAUCGGUUACUGUUACUUCUUGCUUUUGUUGUUAAUGUUUGUUAUUUUUGCACUUUAAAAAAUGAGUGUGUUUUAGAUAUCACAAUAAAAUCUACAAAUAUUA